UGCAUUUGAUGUGCGAGUGAAAGUAACAUGAACUUGAGCCUACAAUUCCUGUGCCUGUUGAGCGUCGCGCUAUGCGCCAGCGCGUUGGUCCAUUUCACCAAAAUGGGCAAGGGAGAGAACGGAUGCGUGCCCAAAGGACAGACAGACGGAGGCGCAGCAAAGGAAAUCAAAGUGGGUGAAUUUGCGAAGGAUCCCAAGUCGUGCGGAGUCAACGUGUGCCAGAAUGCCGAAGGCGACGCUAUGGUUCUUUACUGCCAGAAACCGGCCCCCUUUGAAAUGUGUAAUACCGAUGGAGUGUCCACAGGAACACCGUUUCCUGAGUGCUGCUGGAAGUGCGUGGCAUACACCAAUUGCGAGGAAGUGGACGGAUCCGGAGCUCCUGGUGGUGUAGAUGGUCCAAGUGGAGAUGAAGGUCCUGCCAAUGGAGACGGAGGUGCUCCAGGUGGUGCUGAAGGCGGAGGUGGCGCAGACGGUGCUGGAGGUGCAGGCGCAGGGGGUGCUGGAGACGCAGGUGGAAACGGAGCUGGAGGCGCAGGUGUAAACGGAGCUGCAGGCGCAGGUGGAGACGUUGCUGCAGGCGGCGAUGGAGCCGCAGGUGGUGCAGGUGGAGGUGCAGGUGAAGGUGGUGCAGGUGGCGCAGGUGGAGCCGCGGGUGAAGGUGGUGCUGCAGGCGCAGCUGAAGGCACAGCUGAAGGCGCAGCUGCAGGUGCUGCAGAAGGCGCAGCAGCAGGCGCAGCUGAAGGCACAGCUGAAGGCGCAGCUGCAGGCGCAGCAGAAGGCGCUGCUGCAGGCGCAGCUGAAGGCGCAGCUGAAGGCGCAGCAGAAGGCGCAGCUGGAAACGGAGAUGCUCCACCUGGAGAGGCUGCAGAGGGCGUUGAAGGUAGAACCAAAUCUAGGACUGCAUCGCAUGCAGGACGCAAACAAAACACUGCAGGCAGAUGGAACAAGCAGAAAAAGGAUAAGAAAACCGCAAAAAAGCUACAAUAACGAGAAAAUAUUGAAACCGAAAGGAAACGGAGGCAGAAUUAGUUUGUUUUCACG